CUCCACCCCUCUUUUUCAGUUUCAGCUCUGCUCUUCCUGAGCUCACUCUGUUGUUGGCGUUCGCGUUGACUGUCCAGAGUCCGCGAGCUGAGCACUCCCUGCCUCUCCCUGCCUGUUUUUACUCCCUCUCUCCCAUCUCAGCAACCACAUUCAUCUUCCUCCUGCCCUCUGGCCCAAAAGCCCCUGGUUCCUCUCCCUACUUCCUGAUCUGAUUCUGACAUCCGAUUGGACAUGGCGUACCAUAGCUUCCUGCUGGAACCAAUUAGCUGUCAUGCAUGGAACAAAGAUCGAACCCAGAUUGCCCUGUGCCCCAAUAACCAUGAGGUUCAUAUCUAUAAGAAAGAUGGGACCAAGUGGACCAAAAUCCAUGAGCUGAAAGAGCACAAUGGCCAGGUAACAGGGAUUGACUGGGCCCCAGACAGUAACCGCAUUGUCACUUGUGGCGCUGACCGUAAUGCUUAUGUGUGGACCAUGAAAGAGGGAACAUGGAAGCCCACCUUGGUCAUCCUGAGGAUCAACCGAGCCGCUCGCUGUGUGAAGUGGUCACCAAAGGAGAACAAGUUUGCUGUAGGCAGCGGCUCACGGCUCAUCUCCAUCUGCUACUUUGAGCAGGAAAACGACUGGUGGGUGUGCAAGCACAUCAAGAAGCCGAUCCGUUCUACAAUCCUGAGUUUGGACUGGCAUCCUAAUAACGUCCUGUUGGCUGCUGGAUCCUGUGACUUCAAAUGCAGGGUGUUCUCGGCGUACAUUAAAGAGGUGGAGGAGAAGCCUGGCCCCACUGCUUGGGGCAGCAAGAUGCCAUUUGGGGAGGUGCUUUUUGAGUCUGGAGGUUCUGGAGCUGCAGCUCCCACAUCAGGAGGAGGUGGCGGCUGGGUGCACAGCGUGUGCUUUUCACAUUCUGGAAACCGUUUGGCCUGGACUUCUCACGACUCCACGGUGUCAGUGGCUGAAGGAGGGAAGACCGGCACGGUGACCAGCCUGAGCUCCGAGACUCUUCCUCUCCUGUGUGUUACCUUCAUCACUGAGAACAGCCUAAUUGCUGCUGGUCAUGACUGUUACCCAGUGCUGUUUGUGUAUGAAGGUACCACGUUGACAUUUGGUGGCAAGUUGGAUGUUCCCAAGCAGGCUGCAGCGAAGGGCAUUAGUGCCAGGGAACGUUUUCAGAACCUGGACCGUCGUGCCUCUGAGACCCAGAGCACCGACAAGGACUUAAACACGCUCCACAAGAACAGCAUCAGCCAAAUCUCUGUGCUGGAGGGAGGAAGAAACCAGUGCAGCAAGUUCUGCACCACUGGCAUGGAUGGAGGAAUGGGCAUCUGGGAUGUCAAGAGUCUGGAGUCUGCUAUGAAGAAUUUGAAGAUAGUGUGAGCUGAACUAUGCAUUUCCCCACCAAAGCGUCGGAGACAUGAAGAAAUCUGCUUCUGUGUUACAAAAAGCUUUUUGGCAGUAUUUUAAUCAAGUAUUUCUUUAUAAAUGUAGUGGAAACAAUCUGCUCUGUUCAAGCAGCAUCUGCAGCUCCUCUGAAGGCUUUUUGCUGGCUCAUUUGAUUACUGCAUAAGAGGGGGCUGACCUCAGAUCUACAAAUGGUACUUAAUGAGUUUAAUUAGUAUUUUGUAGUCAAGCUCAUUAUGAGCUGAACGCUUAAAGCAGCUUUUUAUGUAUUUAACACAGAGAAAGGCUGCAGAUUUAUAUUAAAAGCUUAUGCUGGUCAUAACAUGCAUUUAAUAAAGCAUUGGUCAAUACCAAUGUG